AUGGGAAGUAUGUAUCAUAAGCCUAUUUAGAUUUUUGUUAGGGAGAUAAAUAAUAUGAUUAAUAUUGCCAAGACAAUACCCAUGUUUAUGAAGCUACCAUCAAUUAAUCUUCUAUUACAAUAAUUCAUGGAAAUAUUUUAUAGAAUAACCUUAGAGGAAUAUGUAAAUGACCUAAUUUUAUGUUAGUGAAUGCAUAAAUUGAUCCAAACUCCUUUACAUUAAUGUAAUUGCCAGAAAUGCAACGAGAAUUUAGUAAUUUAUCAUAAUUAUUUAGUAAAACCCAAAAUACCUAUUAUUUAACGAUUACCACCAGGUGCAUGCUAAUCUGAAUUUAUUAUUAAUCUUAAAAUUAAUUAUUAAGACAACAAGAAAGAAAUAAUAGAAGCAUAUGAAUAAUGGUAAAUAAAUUUAUUCAAAUUAGUUUUGAACUAAUGUUUUAACAUGAAUUAGAAAAUGUUGGGUACAGAGAAGGUAAAGAUAAAUUUAAAGAUAAAUCUGAAUAAUUACACAAUUAAGAUUGUUUACUUGAAGCAAUAUUCAAUCGAAUUAAAUCCAAUAAAAUGAUUAGAACAUUUCAAAUUUUCAGUGCUGAUAUGUAGAUUUGUUAAUAAUACAAAAAUGAAUUAAAAAAAUAAUAACAUAAAUAUUUGUCUAAAAAGAAUUUUGAAAGAUGUUCAACCUAAGAAUAACUUAAUGAAUCAUAUACUGAAAGAAUACUUACAACAAAUUCUUGUGACUAUGCUGAUUUUGUCAAAAAAAAUUAUAUUAAAUAACAACUCAAAAGAUCAUUUCCUGAUACUUAAUAAAAAGAAUUCUGA